GGGAUUUGGUUGUUGAAUGUGCUUGAAUGCGCUUAAAUGCUUGAGUUUUGUUGGGAUUUGUUCUGUGAGAAAUAGAUUUAAUGAGAAGGGUAAAUUUGUAAUUUUACUAUUUAAAUCAAUUUGGGUGUAAAAAUGAGUGUCGGUUCAUGGGUGUACGUAUCACUAUCCCUUUAAAAAAUAUCAAAAUUACCCUUAAAUUUUCAUUUUUUCGUCAAUUAAAUAGACAAAUGUCACGUUAAGUUACCAUAUAAUUAUAUUUUUUUUGAAAAAAUACUGAUGUAAAAAAGAAAACACAUAUAAAUUGAUGAGAUGGCACUUUUUUUUAUAUAUCUGACACUUUUUUUUGUUUGCAUGACACUUUUUAAUUAUAAUGUACAAAUAGACAAUCAUUUAUUAUUAAUUAAUUAAAUUAAUUUCCAAAAUUAACCUUCUUCUUCCUUAUUCUCCCGUUCUUGGCUCUUCCCCUCUCUCUCUCAUCCCUGGGCCAUCAUCCCUCCUCCAUCUCUUCCAACUUCUCUUCCCUUUCCAUUUUUGCAGUUUAUCUCCUUCCCCAUUUCAUAAAUUCCUCCCCAAACAGCUUGAGCAAGUCCUCCGUCUCGAUGAUGCCGGCAGGCCGUAUCGUGAGCUUGGGUUUCCUAAUAGUCCCAAGGUGUCCUGGUUCAUCGCCCAGAACCAAUGGGUUGCUUUCAUCUUCAACAACCUUUCUCACGUUCCUCUUUCUUCUUCUUCUUCUUCUUCCCUCUCUUCCCUCUCUUCCCUCUUUCUCAAACCCAGAUCUGGGUUUUUCUCAAACACGACGGCCAUGGAAGGAGAUGAUUCGUAUAAAUUCCAUCAACUUCCUAUCAAACGUCAACGUCUCCCUACGAAGAAUUGGAACCAUUUUUUGUCAACGCAACUGGAGCCAUAAGUGAAGAACCAGAUCUGGGUUUAUGGGUAAUGCCACCAGAUCAGGGGAAGAAUUGGAGCUCAAUUUUUUUGAAUGACCCAAAACAGGAGAAAUUAUGAUGGUACUCCACCGCCGGUUCAUCUUCUUCAGCAUCGACGAAAAGCAGAAACAUUUGGUCUUCAUCCUCUCUGCUUGGCAAGAGUAAGCUUCACUCCAGAUCUACACUUACUUUUUUUUUUUUUUUGAAAUUUUUGUAUGUUUGGUUGCUGAGACAAAAAAGAGUGAGAAAAUUUGUUCUGUUGAGUUGGAUCUUUUGAGUUGUAGAUUUGGUAUUUGAGUUGAAAUUUUUGUAUGUUUCGUUGCUGAGAAAAAGGUGAGAAAAUUUUGCUGCACAUUUUCCUGCUUUCAUAGCUCAGAUUCAAAAAGGUUGUGAAGAAAGUUUGAAGGUGCUGGGAGUUGAAGAGCUGAAGAAUGAAGACUGAGAAAGCGGUCGCAGCUCGCUCCUUUUCAAAUUGAAAUUUUCGUUUACAUCAGGAAAUUGAUGGGUUUUAGCCUUCUAGGUUUUUAGGCUUUCGCUAUCCUUAUUAUUUUAGUUUGUUGGUGGUGAUGAUCACCGAUGGGUCUUUAGAGGCUCCGGUGAAUUUUUGUGUGAUGUUUGUGAAAAAAAUGUAGGAGCGGUAUGUUAAUGUAUAAAAUUGUUAGUUGUAU